UUCAGUAUAGAGCACUCUCAUUGGCUCCUUUGUCAACCAAUGAAUUAAGUUCUUGUAGGCAUGUCUGCGCUCUACAUGUGAGUGAGUUGCUACAUCUAUGCUAUCUACUAGCUGAAGAAAAAACAUGCUUCGUCGAGAGGUGAGACUAAGGAGGGAGUACCUGUACAGGAAGGCACAAGAGGACAGGCUUCGAACAAUAGAGGAGAAAAAACAGAAGCUGAGGGGAGCGCUUGAUGAAAAUCGUCUUCUUCCCACUGAGGUGCGCAAAGAAGCACUGCAGUUACAGAAGCUGCUGGAGUAUGACGAUGAAGGGGCAGAAGGUGUCAGCUCUCGCAUGGAUGAUGAGUAUAAAUGGGCUGGAGUGGAAGAUCCUAAGGUCAUGGUCACUACAUCCAGAGACCCCAGCUCCAGAUUAAAAAUGUUUGUCAAGGAGGUAAAACUGAUGUUCCCUGGAGCCCAGCGCAUGAACAGAGGAAACCAUGAGAUCGUUGCACUAGUGCGAGCCUGCAAAGCCAACAAUGUGACAGACCUCGUCAUCGUACAUGAAACAAGAGGACAACCAGAUGGCCUGGUGGUGUGUCACUUACCAUUUGGACCCACAGCUUAUUUCACACUUUACAAUGUGGUGAUGAGGCAUGAUGUUCCAGACAUAGGCACCAUGUCUGAGGCCUACCCCCACCUCAUUUUUCACAACUUCACCUCACAUCUUGGCAAGAGGGUAUCCAAUAUCCUUAAGUAUCUUUUUCCAGUGCCGAAGGAGGACAGUAGGCGUGUAAUCACAUUUGCCAACCAAGAGGACUUCAUUUCUUUCAGACAUCACACCUACAAGAAAACAGACCACAAGAACAUUGAGCUGACAGAAGUAGGACCUAGGUUUGAAAUGAAACUGUACAUGAUCAAACUUGGCACCUUGGAGAAUGAGAGCACAGCAGACGUUGAGUGGCGUCACCAUGCUUAUACACACACAGCCAAGAAAAAGAGGUUCCUCAGUGUGCAAUAAGAGCUAAUAAAAUGUUAUCAAAACUGUGGACUAUGGUGUAUAAAAAUCUUGUAAUGUGGAAUAUUAAACUGCAUCAUAUUCAUCGUGAGUGACUGUAAAACCAUUUUGUAUUGAAAUGUAUGCUAUUUUAUAAUAAAGUUCCUAAUGACCUGUA